AUGUUGGAGGACCUGCCGGAGGAUGUGCCGGAGAACCUGCCUGAAGACGCACCGGAGGACGCGCCGAAGGGUCGCGCCGGUCGAGGAGAUUCAAUGUGCCGCGAAGACGUCAAGAGCACCGUCAUCGAGGGCUACAAGAUUGACGGCUCGUUCGGGUACCGCAGUGAAGGCCUGUACAAGAGCGAUGCGUCGUACGUCAGUCACGCGCACGGCUGGGACGCCGGGCCGACGACGACACUGACCGAGUUUGUGGUCAGCUUGAGGGUUAUGGAUGUUCAGAGUAGGCGCUGGUGGAUCCAGUCGUUGUACGGUGGUCUGGAGAGGGCUAAAGGAGGAUUCACGACGGGGCUGGGGAAGUUCCGGGCGGCUUGGGUAAGGGACGACGAUGGAGUUGUGGAACUGACGUUUGGCGUGCCGGCGAUGACCGAGGAGGUUUUGGUCUUGAGCCUGGACGGCGAGGCGGUAAUGACGGUGAAGAAGGCGGAUGAAGAAGAGCCCAGAAAGGAGGAGGUUCAAGUGUCGCAGUCGAGUACGGAGGUUGAAAUCGCUGUGAAUGCUUCCGGUGCUGAGUACACACCCAACAUCAUCAUCACCAUCGUGAGGAAGGAGGCCGGCAGUGUCAUCUUGGCCUGA